UUUUUAUUUGAGAUAGGAUACUAAAAAUAAUUGUCACCUCUGCAUAUCUUAUUUAAAUAAAGAAAUGGAUAAAAUGUUCUCUCUUCCUGAACUAUCUACUCUAUACUCCUCGUACAAACGAUGGGUUAUCAAUAAUCCCGGAGUGGUGACUGAUGUUGAAACAAUUGCAACUUGGUCCUCAUAUUUUGUUGCUGGCAAAAUUAAUCAGUCACCAAUUAUUUCAGAACUAGUGUAUUCAAUAUCAAAAUUAUUAUCAUUAUUUAAUGAUCGAAUAAUUAAAGAGGCUUAUGGUAAUGACUUGCAGUAUUAUGGUCUACAAGAGCAAAUAAAAUUGUUGUUGACAAUUAUUCAUUAUUGUGAAGUGUUUGUUGAGCUUUUUGUAAAGAAUCGAUGGGGCAACAUAGGUAAAUGGACUGCAGUAACAUUGCUUCAAAUAUUUAAGUGCUCCUCUGCACUCAUCCUGCUGUACCGUUUCAAGGAAGUACCCAUUCAACAUCCACCCAUACCUGCUUUAGUAAGGAAAAAAGUGACAGAAGGCAAAGAUUCAGAUGAUAAUUCAAAUGGAUUUUUCACAUUAAGAAGAUCAGGAAGAAUUGUACGCUGUGUUGAUGGUGCACCUCCCAUUGCAUUACGCGACUGGCAACCCAUAAAUGCCAAAGAUGAUGUUUCAUUGAAUAUUGAAGUUAAAGAUUUGAUGCAAGCAGAAUUAUUACACGUUUUGAAACCAUUAAUCCAUCUUGCGGCGAUGAGAUUAUUUGGCACUAAGUCUUGGAAGCAAUGGCUUGUUGCCCUAGGCAUUGAUUUGACCAGUUUUAGACUUUACAACAAUCAUUUUAAAAACUUGUCAUAUGAACAGAGAUUGGAAAUAAGUAGAAGGAAACUUGGUCUUGUAUUGUAUUUAUUGCGUAGUCCAAUGUAUAAUGGCUAUUCUAAGCAUGUGAUUGAGGAAACAUUGAAAUCAGCUUCUAAUAAAAUACCAAUGAUGUCAUUUAUUUGUGGUCCGAUCAUACAAUAUCUUAGCCACUGGCAGGAUAUUUACUUCUACAUGUGGGCUUCCUAAAUAUUUAAUUAUAUUUUGAAGUUGUCAAUCAAGUAAAAGUUAAGAACUCUCUAAAACUUUUAUAAUAUUUUUUUUUUAUGUUAUAAUUAAUUAUUCUUUUUUUUUAUAGAAUAAGUUUAUGGUUGUAAUGGUAUUGAGAAAUAUUUGUAUUUGGCUAAACAUUGUGUUACUCCAAGAUGUAAAACACAUAUUCUAAAUAGUAGUAGUUUCUAUUUUUUCCAUUUUUUUUAUAUUAAACUCCAAAAGCAAGGUGUGACUGUACUGUAGUAACAGUUCACAACAGGAAAUUCGUAACAAAAUCUUGAGGGUGGGUAUUGGUAUAUUAUGAUCUUAUUAACAAGAAACCUCUUUUGUAUUAAUUAUAUUUUCCUCAUUAUAUCACAGAAAUAAAACAAUAAAAGAUGUCAAUGUAAACCUUGAUGGAGUCUUAUUAUGCUAAAUUAGUUUAUAAUAAAUUAUAAACACAACAGGCAUGAUUAUGCAUUUUGAGUUGAAUAUUUAUGAAAAAAUCCUGUAUUGUUUUUUCUUAGUACUAGUUUUAACUAAGCUAACAACAAGUAAAUUGUCUAUCUGCAAGCCUGCAUGAACAAUCACUUUCUACAAGCAUGUACAAAUGUAAAAUCUAGAGGGUACAAGUUAGAACAGCAGCAAUAUUUGCUUGAUCAAGCUCAUUGAAUCAUGUUAGUUGCAAUGUAACUAUGUACACACUGCUAGCACAAAAUAGAGACACAAGCAUACUCAUAUAAAAUGAUUGUUCAUGCAGUGUAGUAUAAGUAUAAUUAUGAUGGAGUAUGGUGUUCCUUAUUAUCUGGAUAGAAAAUAAGUGAACCACCUGCUGGUAAGUAUCACCUGACACCUACUAAUUUGGGUUCCAAGUUGAUUUAUAGUUGAAGUUUAUCAGGAUAUAAUAAAAAGAUAUGUGUGCAAGGUAA